GGAAGUAAAUGUCCGCUGCUGUCACAGAACGAGACGCUGUGUCGGAGGGUGUUCAGGAGAGCCGAAGCCCACCGUGUGCCGGAUGAGCGUCACCUCGGAGUGCACGCAGGAAGGCGCACCGUACCGCCGGGCUUUGUUGAGAAGUACCGUGAAUGAGUAUCUGUGGACGGUCCGGCUCGCUAACUAACGCCGGGGGCUUAGCGUCGGGAAACGGUAAACCGUAGCUAGCUUGAGCGAGCUAGUACAUUACCGGAACAUUUGUCCGUGAGGGAGGGCUUCAGACGUGGAUGAAGACCGGUGGAGUCGCUGAAAUGAGUCAAAACACCUCACGGAACCGACCAUCGUAGCCGUCUUUCACUGCAGUUCUGUGUUGCAAUGAGGAGCAGCAGCGCUCCGCUCUGAAGGCUCAGAGGCAUGAACUCAGUUUCCCCCAGCGCGGCGCAGUACGUAGGGGGGGUGAUGCAGGACGAGCUUGCUGAGCACCGGAGGCAGCAGCCCCUGGAGCGGCAGGGCAGCUUUGGUCUCAGGGCAGCGCAGACCCCUGACCCCGGUAGGGAGGCCACCGUAGAGCCCGACGAGAUGGACAAACUGAAAGCCAAACUGAUGUCUGCAUGGAACAACGUCAAAUACGGCUGGACUGUGAAGUCUAAAACCUCCUUCAACAAGAUAUCGCCGGUCACUGUCCUGGGACACUCCUAUCUGCUCAACAGUGAAGAUGAGGUUGAGCGGUUUCGUUGGGCUUUUGUGUCCAGGGUCUGGCUGACCUACAGGAGGGAGUUCCCUCAGCUGGAGGGCUCCACCUGGACCACAGACUGCGGCUGGGGCUGCAUGCUGCGCAGCGGACAGAUGCUGCUGGCUCAAGGGCUCCUGGUCCAUCUGAUGCCCAGAGAUUGGGCUUGGCCAGAUGCUCAGCAGCUAACCGAAGUGGACUUUGAGGUGUUCAGACCGCGUUCCCCAGCCCGGGCUGCAGGAGUCCCCAUCCCCUCCUUUGGCUCUCCACGAGGAUCCAACACCCCCGAAAAGUCCCUGACGAGUGAUCAGGCACCCAAAUGCAGCCAGAGGAAAAGACUGGAGUCUGUGCGGGACAGGCAGGCAGAGCCCCUCCACCGCAAGCUGCUCACCUGGUUCUGGGAUCAGCCCCCGGCACCUUUUGGGCUUCAUCAGCUGGUGGAAAUUGGCAACGGUUCAGGGAAGAAAGCUGGUGACUGGUACGGCCCCUCUAUAGUGGCACACAUACUAAGGAAAGCUGUAGCCAAAACCUCUGUGCUUCACAACCUGGCUGUGUACGUGGCUCAGGAUUGUACAGUGUACAAGGAGGACGUGGUGCAUCUCUGUGACCUGUCGCUGAGCCAGACUCCCCCUGAUCCGUCCAGCCAGGCCUGGAAGUCCGUCAUCAUCCUGGUGCCUGUUCGGCUGGGAGGGGAGGCCCUCAACCCGUCCUACAUCGAAUGUGUCAAGAACAUCCUAAAGCUGGAUUGUUGUAUUGGAAUCAUCGGAGGCAAACCGAAGCACUCACUUUACUUCAUUGGCUUCCAAGAUGAGCAGCUGCUGUAUCUGGACCCUCACUACUGCCAGACCAUGGUGGAUGUCUCUCAGGCCAACUUCUCACUAGAGUCGUUCCACUGUAGCUCUCCCAAGAAGAUGCCCUUCAACCGCAUGGAUCCCAGCUGCACCAUCGGCUUUUACGCCAAGAACAAGAAGGACUUUGAGUCGCUGUGUUCUGCUGUUAGUGUGGCUCUGUCGUCAUCGAAGGAGAAGUACCCCAUCUUUACCUUCGUAGAGGGCCAGGGUCAGGAUUACGGACUUGAGGGCCACAGCAGCAACCACAGUGGACCUGCGGCCCUCAUUCUGCCCCCCAGCAACCUGAGCAGGAGUAACAACAGACGAAACAGUGACGAGUUCGUCUUCCUGUGAGGCGCCCAGGAGGAUGCUGUCCUCACUCUCACCUGUAGGGGGGGGAAGAGGACACCUCAUUUCCUUUCAAAGGGAAGGACUUGAUUCUGUUAGUGCAGCUGCAAGGUGGACAUGACGCUUCAGGGCUUCAUCGCCUUCGCUGGUCAACGGAAAUAAAAACUGUGUGGCUUUUGUUCUCACCCUUUUUUUGUGUGGAUGGGUAUUAUAAAAGUAAAGGGUGCUGUCAAGAGCGCUUUAUUUAACUGAGAAAAGGCAGCGUUUCAAAUUUGGUUUCGUUGUUGGAAAAUGUUCCAACUACUCGGAAGUAUUCUUGAUUCACUUCCAUCAAAAACCUAAAAAGUCGAGCAUUCAUGAGCAAAAUUAAGCACUUUUUGUUUUCAUCCUGGUCCGAACUGGACCGGAAGGAGACGUUUUUGUCUCCAUGAUAUUUGAUUUAGCUCACUGUCAGUUAUGAGGACGGCAGGUGCCUGAUGAUGUUCCUGACUUGUAUGAUAUAGCACCUGCUGAACAUCCCCCGCUUUGUGUUUUACUUUGAAUUUAUUUAUCGUGUUGAUGAAGCUGUUUUUUUUUGUUUUUUUUUAAAGCUCGAUUUUUAAGAGAAACGGUCCCUUCAGCUGGAAGUGAAUGUGUGUCUUUACCUGGUAAACUGUGGCUUGUCCCAUUUUAAAAAGAAAUCUGGAUACAAUUUCAAAGUUAAAAAGCUCUUUUUCUCCCCCACUUGAGUUCAUGUUCUGGGUUUUACUUGGUUAAGACCGGCCCGAGCUGAUGGGAGUGUUAGUUGCAAUGUCAUUUGUGUUUAGUUUGUCCCUUUUCUACGUGAAGACUACUGCAGGUUGCUCUACUACUGUUCUUUGGUUUGUUGUCCUGAUUAAACUUCAAACACUGGAG